AUGAAAACCUCUCCCACCACCACAACAAUAAAUCCUACUACAACCACAACAACUCCUACACAUACUUUAAACCCAUGUAAAGGAAAGAAGGAUGGGCUCCAUACCAACCCUUAUAACCCAAAUUCAUUUUACUUCUGUGCUGGUGAAAUACCCUACAUCCAAUAUUGCCAAAAAGAUUUGGUGUAUGACCAAAACUGCAAAUGCUGUAACUAUCCAACAACCUCUCCAACAACCACACAAUCUACUACUACAACCACAACUCCCUCUAGCCCAACCACAGCAACUUCUCCUACUACCACCAUAACUCACUCUUCCACAACAACUUCUCCUACUACAACCACAACUCCCCUCACCACAACAACUCCGACACAUACUUUAAACCCAUGUAAAGGAAAGAAGGAUGGGCUCCAUCCCAACCCAUAUAACCCAAAUUCGUUUUACUUCUGUGCUGGUGAAAUACCCUACAUCCAAUAUUGCCAAAAAUAUUUGGUGUAUGACCAAAACUGCAAAUGCUGUAACUAUCCAACAACAACUUCCAGUACCAAAAAAUCUCCAGAAACCACACAGUCUCCUACUACAACAACUUCUCCUACUACCACCAUAACUCACUCUACCACAACAACUUCUCCAACUACAACCACAACUCCCCUCACCACAACAACUCUGACACAUACUUUAAACCCAUGUAAAGGAAAGAAGGAUGGUCUCCAUCCCAACCCUUAUAACCUGAAUUCGUUUUACUUCUGUGCUGGUGAAAUACCCUACAUCCAAUAUUGCCAAAAAGAUUUGGUGUAUGACCAAAACUGCAAAUGCUGUAACUAUCCAACAACAACUUCCACUUCCAAAACAUCUCCAGCUACCACAACAACUUAUCCUACUACAACCACAACUCCCCCUAAAAGAACCACUCCGACAUACACUGUAAACCCAUGUAAGGGAAAGAAAGAUGGGCUUCACGCCAACCCUCAUAACCCAAAUUCCUUUUACCAUUGUGUUGGUGAAAUACCCUUCAUCCAAUAUUGCCAAAAAGAUUUGGUCUAUAACCAAAACUGCGAAUGCUGUAACUAUCCAACAACAACUUCCACUACCAAAACCCCUCCGACAACCACAACAACUUCUCCUACCACAACCACAACUCCCCCUACCACAACUACAACUCCCACAACCACUCCGACACAUGCUGGAAACCCCUGUAAAGGAAAGUUAGAUGGACUCUACCCCGGUUAUUACCCACAUUCUUAUUACAACUGUGUUGGCCAUGUACUCAUCCAAAAGUGCCCAUCAAAGUUUGUCUUCAAUGAAAAAUCCAAGUGCUGUGAACGCAUCUGGUAA